AUGGUUCAAUCUCAUGCUCCUUUCUCCCUAAAGGAUAGUCCCAUCGAAAACCAACGCCCGUUAAAGGUGGUCAUUAUAGGCGCUGGCUUUUGUGGCAUCUAUACGACAAUUAGAAUUAUCCAGAGGCUCAGAAAUGUUGAUCUUACCGUCUAUGACAUGAACGAUGAAGUUUCCGGCGUCUGGUGGCUGAAUCGAUACCCUGGGCUCGCGUGCGACAUUCCAUCGUAUUCAUACCAAUUCAGCUUUGCGCCCAAUCCCUAUUGGUCAUCGCUAUAUGCUCCAGGGCCAGAGAUCCGCGCUUACAUGCAAGAUGUUGCCGAGCGAUAUGGUGCAAUGCGUUUUAUCAAAGUCUCUCACAAGGUUGAAGACGCAAUAUGGGAUGAAGGGCUGAAUAAAUGGUUGACAAUUCAAAGGCAUAUAACCAUUCGCAACUUGAAGACCAACACCGACUUUAAAGACACUGCAGAUGUUGUCAUCUCUGCCCGAGGCGGUCUUAACAAAAUUGCUUGGCCCAAGAUUGAAGGCCUUGGAGACUUUAAAGGGAAGCUAAUGCAUUCUGGGGCAUGGGAUGAGAGUUACGACCCUCGCAAUAAGAAGAUUGGAGUCAUAGGAAACGGAUCGAGUGGCAUCCAGAUUGUCCCAUCUUUACAACGCCUUGAAGGGACACAGCUCUGGUGUCUUGUUCGUUCUCCGACUUGGAUUGCCCCUGGCUUUGGUGAUUCGGCGAUGAGGAAGAUGGGGAAAGAUCCCAAAGAUACACAAUUCUCCAAGCAGCAGCAGCAGUAUAUCGCAAGGCAUCCUGAAGAGUUUCUUCGUAUUAGGAAGAUACUCGAGGACGAGGCAGCCCGCAUGCACCCCAUAUCCAUACGAGGGUCAAAGGAGUCCAUCCUAGCUCAGAAUGCUAUUGAAGACGACAUGAGGCGGCGAAGUGGUAACAAUGAGCACAUUAUCAAUACUCUGUUGCCCAAAUUUGCCCCGGGAUGUCGUCGCUUGACCCCAGGGGCAAAUUAUCUAGAGGCCCUUCAGGAAGACAAUAUCAACUUGACCAACGAGAGGAUCCAGCGAAUCACAUCUCGGGGACUUGAACUGGCCUCUGGUCAACACAUCGAGUUGGACUUGCUCGUUUGUGCUACAGGAUACGACGUGGAUGCACCUCCUGAGUUCGAAUUGAUUGGAAGAGAUGGGCUGAGGCUUGCCGAGAGGUGGAAGCCCUACCCCGAGGCAUACCUGGGGAUGGCUGUUGACGGCUUUCCCAACUGUUUGAUGAUUGGCGGACCAAAUACCGGCUUGGCAUCUGGGAGCUUGACAAGCGUUUUUGAAGCACAGGCUAACUACGCUGUGAAGGUACUCCGCAAGAUGCAGAAAGAAGACUAUGCAACUUUCGAGGUAGAUUCCCAACGCGUGGCUGACUUCGGCCAGUACAUAGAUGAGUACUUCAAGGGGACUGUUUAUACGGAUGAUUGCUCCUCUUGGUAUAAGGCGGGAAGGUCUGGGUCACGUAUCGCCUGGUUGUGGCCAGGGUCUUCGAUUCACUGCCUGGAAGCAUUGCGUGCACCAAGGUGGGAGGACUUCAACUGGAAAUCGGCUAACCCAGCUGGAAAUCGUUUUGGAUGGCUAGGGAAUGGGGGGAGCAUUACACUCACGGAGGGCGAUCCGUCAUGGUUUCUUGAUCCAGAUGUUGUAGAUGAGCCGUGCGAGCCAAAGCCUGAAGAGAGCGAGGUUUAUCGUAGGCGUCCCUUUUCUCACUGA